CCUUUUUCCCCCCCGUGCGUAAAAAUGGGUAAAGAUGGAUAAACCGACAGAUCUGAAUUAUCUAGCGGAUCAAAGCUGCACAUUUUUGGAGUUAUUAAUAUGUUCCUCAUGGCCUGUGGCCUAGAUACGUCUCGGUUUAUAUCCAGAUGAUGAAAACGGGGGAGCUGAUUUCUUAAAAUGACAGAGAUGGAUUUAAAAACAGUCACGUCGACGAUGGAAGCUUUGGUUCGCAUCAGUAGGCAGCGCUCUCUUGAUGCUGGGGAAACGUGCACGUAGUCUGCUCUGCUGCCAUGGCGCCCAGAUUCCAGGUGAAGUCUAACAUGAGGAGCCUGGAGCACGAGCUGCUUUGUCCCGUGUGUAAGGAAAUCGUCAAACAGCCCGUGGUCCUGCCAUGCCAGCACAGCGUCUGCCUCAUGUGUGCCUCCGAGGUCUUGGUGGCAAGUGGCUACCCGCUUCCAGAGCUUCCCCCAGAGCCCAACUCCCCAGCCUCCACACCCAACACCCGCUCGCCCCGCCAGGCACGCAGGCCUACGCCUAAAGCUGAGCAGCGACCAAUUGACCGCGUGCUGCGAUCAGGCCCCCACCCACCGUCGCCAUCCAUGCCUCGGUCCCCGGGAUACGGAACACAUGGGGGGCGACGCCGCAAGGAGGGCCCAGCCCUGGUGAUGAUGUUCCCCUGUGUCCCCUGCGGCCGAGACGUGGAGCUGGGAGAGAAGGGUCUGACCGACUGUCUGCGCAACCUCACUUUGGAGCGUAUAGUUGAGAGGGCUGAGGUGGCGUUAGAGAGAAGGUAA